AAUCUUUGGGCACGUCGAUGUGUUUUGCGCAAAAAUAAUAUCCUGUUUGUAAACAUGAUACGCAGUGUAGAAUGAAUAAACUGAGUGCAGUGAUAAGAAAGGCCAGAAGCAGCUAUUUUUAUUUAAUAAAAUGAAUGAAUCUUCGUACAAUUUAGCAUAGAACAAUGUCAAAAUCAACAGCGAAAGAAUCAUUACCGGCCAGCAAUCAGCGAAUGUUAAUGAUGAGUUCCAAUCCUCUCUCUGCUUUCGACAUCCGGGAAUUUGCAUGUGGUUGGGGUGCAGCAUUUGUCAACAUAACAGCCACCUAUCCCAUCCAUAAGAUAAUCUUCCGACAAAUGUUGCAUGGCGUCAAAGCGAGUUCAGCCUUUGAGGAGUUGCGCCAUGAAGGAAUCUCUUUUCUCUAUCGUGGCAUGUUCCCUCCGCUAGCACAGAAAACCCUCUCGCUAUCCCUGAUGUUUGGGGUGUAUGAGGGUACAAGGAAACCCCUUGUGGAGAAUUUGAAUGUAAAUCCCUACGUUGCGAAGGUUUGGGCAGGAAUCAUUGCGGGUACAGUUGAAACUGCUCUAAUGCCCUUUGAGAGGAUUCAAACGCUCCUGGCGGAUUCGGCUUAUCACACCAACUUCAAGAAUACACCUCAGGCAUUCAAAUAUGUUUGGCUUGGAUAUGGCUUCAGGGAGCUCUAUCGAGGUCUUCUGCCAAUUCUCUUCCGCAAUGGACCAUCGAACUCAGUGUUUUUCGUUCUCAGGGAAGAAGCUCAUGCUCGACUCCCCCAUCGGGACAAUAGUUUAUAUCAAAGCAUACAAGAAUUCUUCGCUGGGGCCCUAAUUGGUGCAUUCACGAGCUCGGUAUUCUACCCACUGAAUGUCGUGAAAGUUUACAUGCAGAGCACAAUUGGGGGUCCCUAUGUGAAUUUUGUACCAGUGUUAAUUCAUAUAUACAAAGAGAGAGGCUGCAAGUGGCGCAAUGUUUACAAAGGUGUAAGUAUUAAUUGCACAAGGGCGUUUUUUAGUUGGGGCAUUAUGAAUAUGGCUUAUGAGCAAAUUAAGAAAAUGAUUUAUUGAGAACAGUGGGAAAGAAUGCAAAAAAAUAAUGUAUAUUUCGUAUGCAAGUUUAUUUAGCAUUAUAAUAAAAAUCCUCAUGUGUCUAGUCUUAAUUUUCAUAUAAAUAAGUAGAUUUAUCAUGAACAAGUUUAGAGUUCAGACGUGCCCGAUUUGAGUGAAAAAAAUUAGAAAAAGAAAACAAAUAAAUAUUUUAUCUGCUGCAUUUACAAUGUGGUGCUAAUUGCACAAAGAUGUCCCUUAGCCAAAUCCAGUUUCGCCUUUAAUGUGUGUAAUUUUUAUUUAAUUAAUAAACUUGUUGUUUUUUAUA